AUGGUCUGGUCUGCCCUCGUCCCGUCCGACGCCUCAGGAACCAUCGUCCGCCGUCGAGUACGGACUCCGUCCCAGACGACGCUGCCCGAUCUUUUGCAGGACCCGCCGUUAAAGUUCUCUCCGCGAUCCGUCACCACCCUCGACGAAGAAGACGAAGAAGACGACGGCUGGGACCGAACCUUGAGGCCCGCCGCCUUGGAACCCUAUCCUCCGUCGAUUCGCUCCGUCACCCAUUCGCGCGAUUCCUCCAUCGAAAAGCUCUCUUCCCAGCCGCCCCCCGUCUCCGGCUCGAACCUCACCUCACCCCGAAUACACAACCACUCCCAGUCCCGGUCUGCCAUUGGCGGCGUAAUCGAGCGAGUCGUCGAUCCCAAGAGCGCCUCCUACGGACACCACCGCCAGACCUCCAUAGUCCACGGCAUUCAGCACUCUAGAAAUGGAAGCCACGCCAGCUCUUCUUCGAGUCCCCUCAGCCCGCAGAUAAUUGCUGCUGCAGGCGCGAGCCUCACCUCAGCUUCGGACCGUACCGAUAUGCAUGCCGUUGGGCGAUUGGAACCAGACGCGCCCCCGGGGCCGCGCCCGGGCACCGCCUUGUCCGGUACCACCGUCAACUCCGGCCCUCUUGUCCCAGAGAGGACCUCAUCCGCGACCGACUUCACGAACGCUUCUGCAACCCAGAGGAAGAUCGAACGAAUGCACAGCAAGUCAAGACGCGACCACGCGCAUCACCACUCCCACUCCUCGAGACACCACAAGGACGAGCAGAAGACUGUUGGGGAAUACGCCCUGCAUGUGCUCUUCACAUCCUUCAUCGCCCAAGCCGAGGAGAAGCUCAAUGACUGCAUUACAGUUCCAUUCGAACCGGAGCCGCAGGUCGAACAGAUCUGCGGCCCGGGAGUCGACCCCUCGUUCGAUCAGAUCAUUACCGCCUUGGGCCACAUCGCCCGCCCACGUCCGAAACCAUUGAUAGAUUCCAUGAUGCUGUGGAGGAAAAGUAAGAGCGAUGCCGCCAACGAAGCACGAAGCCAGCUUCAGCAGUCGAGAGGCGCCCCCCCAGGACCACUUCAACGGAGGAAUACAGAGCCUCUCCAGCCCCUGUCUGGCGGCGGACAGAUGGACAAUGGUCUCACGAGCCCUCAGACCUCCCUUGCCGCCAAGCAAGAAUUCGUCGCCCACGCCGAACGCCGCUCGACCGUCUCGAUUUACAUCCUGUGUCGAGUGCUCUUGGAGGUCAUUAGUCAGACGAGCCUGCCCUUCUUGACGUUGGAGAUGGAGGAGAAAUUGGAAGGCAUCAUUUUCGGCCAGCUCAAGAUCGCGGAUACCGACCAACUGAUGGUCAGCCCUUUGAAACUCGCGAACUGGAACCUCUUCGCCCAGCUUCUUGGUGUUAUGAGCGAGAUCAACUUCAAGGGCGUCACCGACAGAUUUCUCGCAGACAUCGAGCGUACCUUACAGGAACUGGUCAAUAAGAGUCCGACGUCACUAGCUGGUCGUGAUGCUGAGGGCAAGAUCGAGCUCGUGCUUGGCGGAAUGAAGCAUCUCAGGAUUAACACAGUCCCACAGGAAUCCUGGGAACAGUGCUGCGACUUUCUCGUUCAGGUUGGACGUCUAUUCAACCGUUCACACGGCCAACGAGUCAAGACGGCUUUCUGCCAGGUGCUCGAGGCGUUACUGCUCUCUGUUGCGUCCAAAGCAUCAAAUCAGGACUUGACCCAUCCGAAAUGGAUUGAUGUGCUUGGUGCCAUUGGCCCUAGACUGGCGCAAAUGUUCAUUAAGCCUCGACACUGGGGUUUCGCCUUCCCCCUUACGGCUACGAUGCUCUCUGUUUCCACGCCGGAGACCUUCGGAUCCCAAUGGCUUCAACUAAUCCUGCCGCUCCAGCCGAAAUUGAAGGACAGAUUCACGAGGCCCCUUUGCCUCCAGGUGAUCUCGAGGUUGUUGUGGACGUACCUCUUCCGAACGAACGAUACCUUGCCGAACGCCACGAGAAAGCUGGACGAGGUGAUGAAGUUGGUAUUGCCUCCUACCAAGCGUGGGUUGAUUGCCGCCGACUCAGCCGUUGCCGAGCCGAUCAUUCAGAUCAUCCGGAUCAUUGGAUACAAGCAGCCUGAAUACUGCUUCAAGAACAUCAUCUUUCCUCUAAUCAACGCCGAGGUGUUCGUAACCAACAAGGAGCUCAAGGUGGAACAGCUGGACCCGGAUCGCAUGGUUGUUGGAAUCAGAGCGUUCCUUGCCAUCAUGUCGGACCUCGAGAGCGGGGAGCAAGGGCGACCUCCUUUCCCAAUCGCCUUCCCUCCACCACCUACGCCGGAUCGCGUACCUACUUCUCCCGUCAUGGCGUCGCCUCAUAACGGCCACCCCGGAGGCCUUGCUGGAGAAGGCGAGCAUUUGUCUCGUCCAGUGCGAACUGCCGCUCUGAGUGACAGCGUCCGGGAGUACUAUCACAAGUUCUGUGAGAUCCUCGGCAAAAUCACAAUAAUCUGCGACAAUACCUUCGGAGGCCAGGCUGUGCUGGACGAAAAGUUCAGCAGCCCGGGCCCCAAAACCCCUAUUGCGGACACAUUCAACUUUUCACGGCGAGACGACCACCAGUCUCCCGCAGAUCAUAAACAGGCGUUCUACGAGCUAUUGCAUGUUGCGGUUCAAGCGUUACCCCGUUGUCUCUCUGUCGAUAUACCCUUCAACUCGCUAAUCAACCUUCUCUGUACCGGAACUGCGCAUGUGCAGUCCAACGUUGCAUUUUCUUCAGCGCAGUCACUCAAAGCCAUUGCGAGACAAGCCCACGCCCAGCAAGUUACCAUGGGUUUUGCUCGCUUCAUAUUUAACUUCGACGAUCGAUACUCCACCAUGUCUGACGGCGGAAUGCUGGGCCCCGGUCACAUUGAGAGUACUCUGCGUCUCUACGUCGAGCUGCUACAGAUCUGGAUUGAAGAGAUCCGAAGGAAAACUCGAGACGCAUCUCUCGGUCAACUCGAGGCCAGCGACAAGCGCGGGGCUAAACUCGAUCUGUCUGGAAUUUGGGCGGAAGUAGACCAGGCAGAGGCCCACGGGCUGUUCUUUCUAUGUUCCCAGUCUCGCAGAGUGCGGUACUUCGCCAUCACCGUUCUCCGGCUCAUUACCGAUUUCGACAAGGCACUGCAGAACCAAGACAAGGAUACGCUGCGUGUCAUCGACAUCCUGGAGAACGAUUCCAUGCAAGUGAUGAACUUUAAGGACGAGGGUCUGUCGGUCGCCGAGAGAAGCAGGCUCCAAAGAGGCAUCCAAAACAGUAACAAUCGAGGAGCUCUUGUGGAGCUGUGCACCAGCGAUGUGUCAUACGACACCACGCUGUGGUUCAAGCUCUUCCCUAAUCUCAUCCGUAUUGCCUACGAGAAGUGUCCAUUCACAGUCACCAUUGGCCGAGACUUGAUCUGCAACCGGAUCCUGCAGAUGUACAAGGCGAUCGUGCUUCUUUCGGAACCCACCAGGGGUUUGUACUACGGAUCUGAUCCCGGGAGCGCCCGCAUCGCCGGUAGGACACCGACGACACAGCCCGAAAUCCUUGUGGAACAAUGGAAGCUCUACCUCAUCUUCGCCUGUACCACCUUGGCCGACCCAGGGGCUGUCGUUCCGGCCAACCCCCAAGGAACACAGCAUAGCCGUAAGACGUCCAAGCCCAGUUCAGCGGACAAGAUUGUCUCAGCUCGAGUGCUGUUUAAGUACCUCAUUCCCCUCCUGUCCGUGUCCUCGGCAUCCGUCAGAGACGCCGUCGUCCUAGCCAUGGGAUCUAUCAACAUUCACAUCUACCGCACACUUCUGGAGGAGCUGGCCGGGCAAGUCUCGCGCUGCAACGACGAGGCUCGUGCCCGCAUUCAUCAACGUACCAACAGCAGCCCGAGACGCAAUCGCAAGAUGGAUCUGCUCAGGACAGAAAUCACCCACGUCUACAAACUCACAUGCCACUUCCUCAAGAUGGAAGAGGUCUACAAUGAUGAGUGGGUGCUCACAAAUCUCGUCACGUACACUAGGGACCUCAAGCUCUUCCUCAUGGACGGCGAAGUUCAGAUGGACUGGGAGUUCCAGAAGCUGAGACGCCACUACUGCGGCCUGAUGGAGGAGCUCUUCGAGGGCAUCAACAGAACCAAAGACCCCUCCCGCUGGAUGACCUUUGAGUCCAGAAAGUCCGCCUUCUCGCUGAUGGAAGACUGGUGCGGGUUCUCGCCCAACCAGACGCAGAUCCGCGUCCGCGAAGAUACCAUGAGGCAAUCUCUCAUCGACCAGCAAUCGCUAGGUGAGAGGGGAACCGUCACCGCCGCAAUGGAGAUCGAGAAGCGCAACCUACGCACGGCUGCCCUGAGCGCCAUGGCAGCUCUCUGCGGAGGGCCCAUGAGCAUCACGACCGAGAGCGGCGCAACGCUGCAGUUCGACAUUCGAAGAAUGCUUGCCUGGAUCGAGGCUAUUUUCAACUCGGGCAGCGACCGAAUGAACGUGAUCGGACGUCGCGCUUUGCAGAACCUGAUCGUUCACAACCAGGAGUAUCCUUAUCUCCUGGAACACUGCAUCGCUCGUUGCUACCUGUCCGACGUCUCCAAGGUGCAGGAGAGUUACUUUGCAGUAGUUACGCAGGUGUUGCUUGAGCACCUUGACUACUCGUGCCCCUUCUGGAAGCUGCUUGGUCUCUGCCUCUUCACUCUUGGCAACGACGAGAGUGACAUACGAUCCAAGUCUGCCCGUGUUCUGCGCGCACUCGAGGAACGGCAGCAGCCGGGGCGCACCUCCAAGAUUCAAGACUACGACAUCAGCAUCUCCGACAAGACCAAGGCUGUCUACAAGCUUGCUCAGUUUGAGAUCUCAAAGCGACUUGCCAAGCAACACACCGAGCUGGCGUUCCACAUCUUCUCGGAGUUCACGCUUUACUUCAAGGAUCUCCAGGCCGCCUCGCAACGGAACGUCAUUGCCGUCAUCUUACCUUGGAUUCAGUCCAUUGAGCUCAAGGUCGACCCGAACGGCGGCCCCAUCGCUCAGUCAUAUGUGCUUCUGGCAAACCUUUUGGAGAUCACGAUCAAGUCCAGCGGCGCCUUACACAACGAGGUACAAGCCCUUUGGCAGGCUCUCGCUACUGGCCCGUACCCAGGAAAUGUCAGGCUGAUCCUCGACUUCAUCAUCUCACUGUGCCUCGAACGCCGAGAGCAGAACUUCGUCGAGUACGCCAAGCAGAUCGUCGUUUUCCUGUCUAGUACGACCAGCACACCUGGGAUGAAGGUCGUUGAGUUUCUUCUCAUGCAAAUCACCCCCAAGGCCAUGGUUCCGAACGAGAAGAAGGAUGCCAUGCCUCCGCCGCCAGACAUUGGCCUGCUGCCGUACUGCGCAGACCUGAGCGAAGCGCUCCCUGUGGGCACGAAGCAGGCAGGCUUCUCCUUGGGUCAGCUGUCGCUCAUUUUGCUCGUGGACCUCAUGGUUUCUCCUGUUCACUUGAUACCAGACAACGUGCCAGUACUUCUCCAGGUGGUCACCGUUCUCUGGGAUCACUACACUCCCCUUGUGCAAGAGCAGGCCAGAGAAAUGCUUGUGCACCUCAUCCACGAGCUUGUCAUCUCCCAACUAGAUGAUCAAACACCGCCUACAGCCAGGGCAUCUAUAGAAGAUCUCAUUGAUCUGAUUCGCCGCCACGACCGCUCGGUUGUAUGGGGUUACGAGGACAGCAAUGGCAAGGCCGACGACCAUGACAACAAAGUUCCCCCGAGCAUGGAAUUCCUCACGGCCGAAGUCGUCAAGACGUUUGAGAUGACCUAUCCUGGUAUCAAAGAUCAAUGGGGUCGACUUUCACUGACAUGGGCGACAUCGUGUCCUGUCCGGCAUCUCGCUUGCCGAUCGUUCCAGAUCUUCCGGUGCAUUCUCACAUCUUUGGAUCAGUUCAUGUUGGGCGACAUGCUUGCGCGUCUUUCAAACACCAUUGCCGACGAAGACACCGAGAUCCAGACUUUCGCCAUGGAAAUCCUCACGACCCUCAAAACUCUCAUUCUCAAGCUCGAUGCCGACAAAUUACUCACCUUCCCCCAACUGUUCUGGACAACGUGCGCGUGCUUGGAAUCCAUUAACGAGCGCGAGUAUCUGGAGGCAGUGGAGAUGCUCAACGAGUUCCUCACCAAGAUCGACUUCAGGUUGCCGAAUGUCCGACGGUUGCUCCUCGACGGUCAACCCUCGAGAUGGGAUGGACAAUUUGAAGGUCUUCAGUCUCUUCUCUACAAGGGACUAAGGUCAUCAAUUUGUAUGGAAACCACACUGAGCACUAUCAACAAGUUGGUUCAGCUGCCCAGCGAUGGUCUUAUCGGAGACGACAGCAGAGUGUUCUUUGCCAUCCUGGCCAACUUCCCCCGUUUCCUGCACGAACUGGAACAAGACGAGCCUAGUGAGCCGGCCCUGCAGUCUGCCGAAAUUCUCUGCGCCGUAGCGGAAGCUCAAGGGCUCGGCAACAUUGCUGUCGUCCUCGAGGAAUACGUCGCCUUCAAGUACCAAAAGAACGGCAGAGAGUUCCAAAGUCGUCUUUUCGGAGCCUUGAAGGAUCACUUCCUGCCCAAGCUGGACUUCAAGAUGGUGAUCUUCCUCAUGGGCUUGCUGACCAAUUCCACGGCGUGGGUGAAGCUCAAGACGAUGAACAUCCUGAGCAUCGUGAUUCCCGAGAUUGACAUGCGCAAGCCCGAGCUGGCCGGGCACGGCUCCGAUUUGAUCUCUCCGCUCUUGCGUCUGCUGCAGACGGAGUUCUGCAUGGAAGCGUUGGAGGUUCUGGACAACAUCAUGGCGAUGUCCGGCAGCGCCAUGGACAAGCAACAUCUCAGAAUGAGCAUGACGCGCUCCACAUCCAAGACAAUCCGGAAGGAAUACGGGCGCACCCAAAGCCUGUUCGGUAUCCCAGAAGCAUCCGGCUGGGCCAUCCCCAUCCCAGCCAAGAAGACCGACUCCACCCGUGCGAACAUUCACGCCGCAUUCUACAUGUGCCAGACCGCAGAAGGAAUCAUGACGGAAGCGACCCCGACGCCCGACGUCGAAUUCCACAACGACGAUUUCCCGUACAGCUACUUCCAGAUGCCUGAUCGGACCGAGACGAUGAUGUCGGACGAGGGCCGAGGGGAAGGACACCUGGGCGACCUCGUCACCAAACUGGACAGCCUCGACGACUUCUUCGACGACCUCGGAUCGAGCCCACCAAGCGACGGCCGCUCUUCGAAGACCAUCACAGAGUUCUCGCCGGACAGUUUCGAAUCCGGAGCGCAGUUGUAUGAUGAGCAAAUCCUGCCAAUCCUGCACCAGGCUUCCAACAACAGCACGUUCCAGAAUGGGUUUACUGACAGGCCACCAGCUACGGCAAGGGAUCCGAACUCCAACACGAUGAAUCCUGGAGCCUUUAGCGCGUCGGCGGGGUUGAUGGCGGGAGGCAAUGGCAACGGCAACGGCCAGGGCGGUGGCAUGAGGCCGGGCCUGCACUCUAGGUCGAUCACGUCGCCGUCCGCGCCGGCAUCGUACCAGCCGCACAUCAGCGAGUUCACGUCCGACGACGAGUUCCUCGAAGACGUAUUCUCGGACGCGGACGACGAGCGACCGAGCACCGGCCACGGCGGCGAGGGGUCCUUUUCGCUCGAGAACAUGAUCAAACCGCUUGCGCAGAGCACGAGGUCGAGAAUGCGCCGUCUGACGGGAGGACGGUCUCGCGAGAGCGACCGACAGCAGGAACUCUUCCGAGCCGAGCGAGCUGCGGCCGCGCAGGCGGUCCCCAAAGUACCCACUAGUUUCUUGACGAAGAUGCCUCCUCAGGGAGAGAUGCUAUGA